UGCAUUCACAAAAAUGAAAAUUGAAAUUGUCAGUGGGGUCAACCGCUGCCGAAAACGUCAAAAUUACCAAGUAAAAUGUCUCAACAAUCUGAAACCAAUCAAACACAUUUGCCCAGAAGAACACCGGUUAGUCUUAACAGCAUCAAAGAACAUGUUCGCCACUUGGCUGAAGAACUAGAAAUAGAUGGUGCUGAUGGAUUACAAGGAAAUGAAAUGGAAAUAAUCGCUUUGAUCAGGAACUGUCCUCUUUUAUACGAUAAAUCGUUUCCAGAUUAUAACGAUUCCAAGAAAAAAGACCAGGCUUGGAAAGCAAUAGGGGAAGUGUUCAACGUUACAAGUAGAGAUCUUCAACAAUUCUGGGAAGCUUUGAAACAAUCAUUCGUUGAAUUUUCAGGAAGAAGAGUCAAAGGGAAUGCUACGAAUUAUCCUACAUACUUUGAUGAAAUGCAAUUCUUGAAUGCUGUCAAUACGAGUAUGAGAAGCAGAAAACCAUCUUGUAGUUCUACCAUUCAACGAAGAGAUGAUAGUGGUUCUACUGCUUCGAGCGAACCAGAUGAUACCAAUACAUGCAAUGAGCUGAAUGUAGAUGCUCUCAUAGAAAAAAUUCGGAUCAAUCCGAUUCUUUAUGAUCGAAAACACAGAGAUGCAAAGAAUCACGAUUUGAAAUUGAAAACUUGGAAAAAACUUGCGAAAGAAAUUGGAAUACCAGUUUCUGAUUGUGUGAACAGAUGGAAAAUUUUGAGAGAAAAAUAUGCUAAGGAAAGGAAAUAUAGGAAAAGUAACCCAGAUGGACGUAAAUGGUACUUAUUCGAGAAAUUGUCAUUUCUAGAAGCCCACGUCUUUAAGAAAAGGUAUUCACAUACCCAUAUGCCAGCUAGAGUUCCUAGAGGAUUUUUGAACAAUGAUGCAGCUAAUCCUCUGAGAGAUGAUAUGUACUCGUCUUCUAAGUCAGUUGUAAAUGAUAAUCAGGCUCAAGGAUUGGUGUUAGAGUCAAGAGGACCGAAGUCAAAUGCUGAAUAUGAUAUGAUUCUUGACCAAAUGAGUACACGUCAGUUUUUUGAGGACAAUAAUGGAACAAUAGAUGAUAUUUUUGUUUCAAGUGUUAUUGAAGAAUCACUUAAGGACGAAGAUGAAUUAUUUGCACUAACUAUUGCAGCUGAAUUGAAGAGAAUCACUAAUUCUAGGAAAAAAAUUAAGCUGAAAGCGGAUAUUUACAAAUUGCUUCAAGCAAAUUUGCAACAGUAAGAAAAGGAGAUUCUUAGUUACUAGAUGUUAUACAUUAUCUUAAAAUUGGAACAUAUUAUACUUAAAAGCUAAAAAUAAAAAUUAUACCCUGUAUUUC